UCCAGAAUGCCAGUCCUGUUGCUAUGACGAAUUUAUUGAGAAAAUCCAAAGCCAGUCAGUCAGAGCCAUCAUGAGCAGAAAUCCGUCCGUGAGAAGAACCAAACGGGAGUACAUAUCAAGUCAAAGUUCAUCAUGAGUGUGUGUCGUGCCGAGGAACAAACCGGACGCCACAGAAAUCUGGGAGAGGCAGGCAGCAAGGAGAAAGAAAGAUGAGCAGUCAAUGGCCUCCCGGGCCAGGGACAGCGUCCCUCUAAACGUGCAAUGUCACGCUCUCCCUGUCUCCUCCAGUGCCCAUCGCAAAGUUCGCGACUGCAAUUCGCUGUGAUGGAAGAAGGCCAUGGACAAGCACAGAGCGGCAUCUUCUGGUUGCGGAGCGAGGCGAUCGAGUGAGUGUCUUGUCGUGCAGCAGCUCGCGGAGGAUCUAAAUCUCUGAAUCUCUGAAUCCCGAGGCGACGAGACAUCGAGCAGAGCUCAGGGUGUUCGUCGAGUCCCUGCGGCGGGGCCCUGCGUUUGCGGCAUGCCACAUCUGCAGGCGGACGCAGAAUGAGACAAGAGUCUGGAGGAGCUAGCUCGUGAAGCAGUUGUGCGGGCGUCGUCGGCCCUUUCUCACUAGCACGACGAGUUCCAGCGCCCGCCUGCCCGUGCGAGCGACUGCCGGUCAGCAGCUAGCCGGUUUAUGGACCACCGGAUCAUUUAAAAAUAACUCUGCUCUCGUUCUCGCGAAGAGGCAGCUGCUGCCGCCGCUGCUUCUGCUGGCCCCGCCCGCGGCUUCUUUGCGGCGACGGGAGCGAGGACGAAUAACGAGCAGCAGCAGCAGCAGUAGCAGACGACGAGAGAUCGACGGGGAGAGGGAUUCUGAGUUUGCUCCCAAGUGAGGACGUGGCCGGGGCUCCGAGGAAGGGCAUUUUCUCGGCAUUUUCUCUCGAGCAAUUGCGUUGCAUUUCUGCUGAUCUUUCUUCUUUUGCCCUCGGGAGGAGGAGAGGACGGGACGGCACGGGGGUCGGCAACUGCGGCUGAUGUUAGCGUGUCUGGUCUGGGUCGGUCUGGGUUGAGAUGUGUGGGAUUUGAGACGGGGUUUCAAUUCGAGUGCGCCCCUUGCCUGACUGCGUGCAUUGACGGGGCUGUAUCCGGUACCCGCUCCGUGUUUGGUUUGAUCUCUUCCUCUGUGUCCUGCUGUAGCCUUGGGGGGAGCUGUUGGUCUCCGUUGUGACCCUUCUGUUGUUGGUGGGUCGGUCGGGCCUCAUUGUCGCUUCCUGCUCUGUGGUUUGUGGAACUGUGGCUGUGUUUUGAGUCCGGGAAUGUUUUUAUGAUGAGGAGCGCUGUCGAGACAUUUGCUCUGGGACUGAGCCGAGAUUUGCAGGCGCCUCGUAUGUCUUAUAUGUAAGACCUCCAGAUUGUUUAUGCGGUUCCGGACUGGUUGGGAGCGAUGGCGCCAGAUUCGGAAGCACUUUCUCAUCAUGUUCAUCCAUAUGAAUUUGCCAACACUUCCUCGGAUUUCGACGAUGUUGACACGGGCAAAUCGGAGCAGCCUCUGCCGUCGAAACCUGAUAGAGAAUGGGAUGGUGUCAAGGUCGAUGAAGUGGACGUUCCAGAUAGACGCGGAUGGCGAAAGUUGAUGGCAUAUGUUGGUCCCGGAUUCUUGGUGUCGAUAGCCUACAUCGACCCUGGAAAUUUUGAAAGUGACUUGCAAGCAGGAGCGCGUUACCAGUACCAGUUGCUAUGGGUCAUUCUUCUAGCUUCUUGUUUUGCGUUGAUCAUUCAGUCUUUAGCAGCGAACUUGGGUGUUGUAUCAGGAAAGCACCUGUCUGAGCACUGCCGAUCGGAGUAUCCAAGGAAUAUAAACUUGGGGUUGUGGUUGCUCGCUGAGCUCGCAAUUGUUGCGAGUGAUAUCCCGGAAGUUAUUGGGUCUGCCUAUGCGUUGAAUAUGCUUUUUGGAAUUCCUGUGUGGGCCGGAGUCUUACUCACCGGCUUCAGUACUCUCAUGCUUCUUGCACUGCAGCAAUAUGGGGUUCGCAAGCUGGAGUUAUUGAUUGCGUUUUUGGUGUUUACGAUGGCAGCUUGCUUUUUUGUGGAGCUGGGAUAUGCGUCACCUCCUCUCGGUGACAUGUUGACUGGCUUAAUUGUUCCAAAACUUGAUGGAUCGGGAGCGACAGGGCUUGCUAUCUCUCUCCUGGGGGCCAUGGUCAUGCCACACAACCUUUUUCUCCAUUCCGCCCUGGUUUUGACACGGAAAAUUCCAAGGAAUACAUCCAGUAUUAAGGAUGCAUGCAGGUAUUACCUUGUGGAAAGUGGGUUUGCCCUCUUUUUGUCUUUCCUGAUCAACGUAUGUGUCAUUUCCGUAAGCGGAGCCGUAUGCAGCAGCAAGGACUUGUCCGAAGAAAAUCGUGACAGUUGUAGCAACUUGGAUCUCAAUCGUGCUUCUUUCUUACUUCGAAACGUUCUUGGUAGGUGGAGCUUUCAACUUUUUGCCAUAGCUCUGCUGGCAUCAGGUCAGAGCUCGACUAUCACGGGAACAUAUGCCGGGCAAUAUGUGAUGCAGGGUUUUCUAAACCUACAAUUUCAGCCCUGGCUGAGGAACCUUUUGACUCGAAGUGUGGCAAUCGUACCAAGUUUGAUUGUUGCACUCAUAGGAGGAUCUGCAGGAGCCGGAAAGUUGAUUAUUAUUUCAUCGAUGAUUUUGUCGUUCGAGCUUCCAUUUGCACUCAUCCCUUUAUUGAAAUUCACGAGUAGUACAACCAAGAUGGGCCCAUACGCGAAUUCUUUAACGGUGACAUCGGUUACUUGGGUCAUCGGUUUUUGUGUCAUGUUGAUCAACAUAUACUUUGUUUCAAGUGCUCUCUGGGAUUGGAUAUUGCACAGUAGCUUUUCCAUUGUUAGCUUGAUCUUACUAGGGUCGAGUGGAGUCUUGGGCAUCCUCGUUUAUCUAGGAGCCAUCAUAUACCUUGCUAUACGCCAGGACAAAGAAGUCACUUACCUUCUGUCAGAAGGUGAAAUGGAAAUCGAUGGAGUUGAUAUGAUUGACGCCGAAGCGUCGAGAAAUUCAGGUGAUUUAGAGCUACAUGGAUUGCUAAGUUUUGACCCAAAAGAUUCUGCACAGCUUCAACAGCCGCAGGAUGGUCAGCGACAAUGAAACAGGGAGAGUAGUGUAUGUUAUAGUUGAUUAAUACAAUUCUUUGUCAGAGCUAUGUGCUAGAAUGCUUCAACCACGAGCGCAUCGAGUAUUUGAAGCCGUGGAGGUUUCUAAGUAGACACCUAGUUAGUUAUAAAGUCUAUUUGUGUCCAGAUUCAAUAUUUGAUAACAAGAUCCGAGAAGGCCGAUGGCCAACGUGUACAAUUUGAGCAAACUAGCUUUCGAAUGUCCAGAUUAGGUCUACAGUUUUCUGAAAAGUUUAGUUAGCUGGCCAGGCCUCUUCCACUUACCAUCCCUAGACUUUGUAUUAGAUGGUAAAACUAAAGAAACAUUUCGAUCUCUCUCUUUUGAGCCAUGACAA